UGUCCGUAGCCGGAUUCGACGACGAUCGCUUCACACUAUGAUCGGUUUCGCGAAUGAACGCAUCGUUUUCGGAACGAAAAAGAGAUCAAAAAAAAAAAAAAAAAAUCCAACGUCUUGCACAGUACACAGGGUUCGAGGACAAUGUAAUUUCCUAUCGAUCGCGUUUGACGGCAAUUGGAUACGUGUUUGUGUACGGACCGAAACCGUGUUGCUAUGGAAAUCGUUGUGCCGCGUUCGAACUACAAACACUCUGUUGUACGAACGUAUCCUACUGACGCGUGACGAGCUCCGUAUCGCUGACAUGUCGCAACGAGUAGCAAGCGUUCGGGCAGUGAUCGAAGGAUGUGCCGAACGGGGAGUGCAGGUCUCCGAAGAACUGGCAUCCGUGUUCUAUAACUGCUGCACCUUAAAGCCUCGCGCAGACACGGGUUCAGCGAGAAAAACGUCGGAAAUGACUAUUACGGCAGACGCAAUCAAACGGUGCAUUGAUCGUUUAUGUGUCCGCGACGACCCGGCCAUCGCUUGCGUGAAAAUGCAAUUGCUCUUGGAACACGAUUACAGAAACAGAGAAUUCGUCAUCAACAGCGUGAACGAAGACUUUGAUCGCAGGACCGAACCGAUAUUAAACGAAAUCUUGGAAAACCUCAGAACGCUGCAGUGCGACGAAAACAACGUGUAUUACACGAGACUGGUACAAUACGUGAUUUUGGUCAACUACAUCGGAGAUCCGACCGCGCCCGAAUGCCUGCAGAAAACUUCCGGCGUCUUGAACGGUGUCGUCGACCGGUACGGGCCGCCGGGCUUCGGAGAAGACGACCGAUCGCCGCGUUCGAGGACGGAACGGCUGAAGGAGAUCGCGAGUUUGGCGUGCGCGGUAACGCUGCACGGUGCCGACCGGAGCGAUUGCCGAGAAGGAAUAUUUGACCGUGAGACCUUUUUACGUUUAGCGGUCGACGCGAACACCGAACACCGAUUGACCGUUGUGCGAUUUUCAGUGGUGGACAACCUGCCGGACGCUGCCGACGCGCUCGUGCGAGAGAUCGACCUGGAGUCGGACGACAGCCGGAAAACAGCGACGGCGUUAGCGUCGCGGAUACGUCGGUUUUACAAGGUGGACGAGGAUUUCUCGGGCCCGUUGUUCGCGGUGCGCGUACGUCUGGCGGACAUGGGGACCGACGAGCUGAACGGGUUGAAAGCGGUUUUAGCGUUCCAUCUGCAGCGCGUAAAAAAUUUAGAAACGAUGAAAAAAGACAUAUGUGAGUACAAAGACGACUUGCUAACAACGUUUCACAAUUAUAAUUUAACGUUGACAAGAAUAAGGAAUAAUUUUCAAACCAUCGACGACAUUGAUGAUAUUAUUUAUCCACAACUCAUCGAUCUGUCAACUACUUGGAGCGAAAUAAUAGACAUCACGAACUAUUUGAGCACUACGGCCAGUUUUGUAUCGACUAUGAAGCAAAUGAAAAAUGAAGUCAUCAAUGUAGAGCGCAUUAGGAUUUUGCCAGCACCAGAUAUGAUUCCAAACAUUAAUGCGAACGAACAGCGGAAAAUUAUUAAAACACAUUCCUUACACCCUACGUGUAAACUGUAUCCAUCAUCGUGCAACGCGAUUGAUAGAAGAAACUUAUUCGUACAACGUAUACUUGUAAUCAUGUCCGUGUAUAGAACUAACAAAAAUUAUUUUCAGGCCGAUGGAUAUUGUGUGGUUAUGUUUGUUGAAACCGGAGGUACAUUAAUAAAGCAUGAUAAAAAUGUAUGUAUAAUAAAAUGCUCCGACAAGUGGUUCAGCUUUUCGUGUAUUCAAGCGGCACUCACUUUUGGCGCUAACCCUUCAUACUAUCUGAAUGGUUUCUAUAAUUUGUUGAGGUCUGAAGCACAUUUAUUAUUUUUCUUCCAUUUAUAUGAACAAAUAGCAGAUAAACAAUACAUUUCUAAUGAACGAAUGCGCGGUAAAUACAGGGAUAUACUAGAACAAAUUGUACUAGAACCAUAUGAUAACACUACAACAAAUGGAUCCAUUCCAAAUACAAAUGAGAUAAAGAAAUGCAACCUUCAGCUGGGCUAUACAUCAAAUAUGGUAACUCGGAGUACACAGACUCAGGAUGUUUAUAAAUCAGUUCAAAUCCAAACUGGUUUAUGUAAAGUUGGCUAUCACACUAGUGAAAAAUCUACCAGUACAAAUCCACUUAUUGACUUAUGAAACCAAACAUUCAGAAUAAAAUGUAUAUGAAGCUUUAGACAAUAGCCAUACCAAUGGUUUAGUGUAGCGGUUCCCAACCUAGGGGUAAUUACCCUCCAAGGGGUAAAACCAGAUAUUUUAAAGGGUAAAGACUGGACACUAAAUUUUUUUUUUUAUGUAUUUAUUUUAUUAUGUACAACCUCUUAUUACAAUCAUUACUAUUGU